UCACAAAGCUCCUCAGUAUGUACAAGACUUUCCUUUACUGAUUAUUAUUAUUAUUAUUAUUAUUAUUUUUGUAUUGAUUAACCUUAUCAUAACACAUUUAUUUGCAGCUCACAUACAUUCUCAACACUGCUGAGAAUGAGGAGGCGGGGUUUCAUCAGUCCUAAUCUAGUCCCUUUCCUCAUCCUCUGGAGGGGAAGGUGAAGAAAGGGGCACAGCUGUAAUUUUAGUAAUCCCCGCAGGACAUGGCAAGGUCAGACAUAAACACUGGACAUGCGCCUGAUUACAGACUAAUCACGGCUCCUAGCAGUCACCCAAUCAGUACUGAACAGCACAAUUGGAAGACAUCCUUGAAUAAAUUGGUUUCAACCAAGGGCGCACUUCAGCUUUUAAUUUAGCCAACCUGUGCCGUCAGCAAAUACUCGAGAGAUCCAGAAAAAGUUCCGUGGUUUGUGCUUGGACUAUACAGGCCAUUCGGCUCCUCUUUUGAAAACGAAAUGUUAGAGCUGCAAAUAGUACAAAGACCAUUAUCUUGAAUGGCAUAAUCGGUUCAGAUUGACACAGAUUUGUCUGAUGAUAUGUGAAAGGAAAGCUCAGUAGGAAACCCGCUCCGUCCACUGAAGGCUUCACCAUGAGAGGAACCAUGAAACACAGAUGAAAUUAUGGAUCUGCACACAUGUUGGAAUGAAACUAAUGUGCACAACGAGACCCACGUGGACACGACGUUUGUGGUGUUCAACUGCGUGGUGCUGAUUUUAACCAUGGUCUCGGGUUUACCUGCCAACUUGCUGGUCUGUUGUGUUGUGUACAGAACCAAGAGUCUCCAGACGUGCAAUAACGCGCUGCUGGUCAACCUGGCCGCUAGUGACCUCCUCAAGUGCUCCGUGGACACGCCGCUGCUCCUCUUCUCCUUUCUCCAUUAUGGAAGGGAGAGUGAGGCUCCCGUGUCUCUGUGCACCCUGCAGCAGUUCACCUAUGCCCUGUGCAGCUGCGUCCAGCUGCUCACGCUGGUGAGCAUCAGCGUGGAGCGCUUCCAAGCCAUCGCCUUCCCUUUCCAAACCGAGGGGAGAAAAGCCAGGAUUCGUCUUUGGGUCCUGUCCAUUUGGACAUGCGGGCUCGUCCUGGCCGUUGUCUCACUGACUCUUUCCAAAAAAGCUUUGUUUCACAUGCUCUGUCGCCAGCACAUCUGGUGGCAUCACGACGAGGAUUCUCAAAGCGCAGAUCUGUUAGGAGCGUAUGUGUUGGUGCCUGUGUGGGGACUGUCGCUUACUCUGAUUGUUAUCCACUACGUGCGGAUAUUUAAAGUUGUGAGGCACCACAGCAAAAAGGUGUUUGACAGCGGGAUCCAGCUGAGGCCCACAGUGGCGGGACACGUGUGGAACUGGCUGAGCAACCCCGCUUCAGCACCCCGGACAGCUCCGCCGCGCUCCCUCAGGUCUCUCCCGGCUCUCGGCUCCGGCAGCCCGCAGCCUCCCCGCCGCACAGUGGUGCUGGUAGCAGAGGCCAGUCCGUCCUAUGUGACCAGCUCCCCGACAAGCACCCCAGGGAGACCGCCAGAGAUCGUGGGGGCAGUGUGUCUCCUGACCCCCUGCGCCAGGGAGCGGGGGAAGAAGCGUCUGGAGGGGAAACUGGCCCAGCGUUUCGGGUACAUCAUUAUUGCCUUCACGCUUUUCUGGUUGCCCAUGGUGGUGACUUUGCUGAUGAACAUCGUGUCGAGGCAUGCGACUGACAGAUUUCUGAUGAAGCUGCAGACGUCAGCCAUGGUGCUGACUUGUGUGCCAGCAGCAGUGGACCCCCUCAUCUACACUAUGGUCACUCGACAGUUCCGCUCAGAGUUCAGCAAGAUCCUCUCCUUCAUCCCUGGGUGUCCACUGAAGCUAAAGGCCUGAGCAUUCGGCCUUUAACACACACUUGAUUGGACUGACUGCAUGCACUGAUAAAAAGAUAACAACCAAAAACUCCACUUCAACAAGUUAUCUAGUGUCUUAUUUAGUGCUAAAAAUCUAGAUUUUCUUAAACCAAGCAAAACACUUGCCAGUAAAAUUAGAUAAUCCCACUUCUUUCCAGUGCAAAUCAGCUUGUUUCCUCUGGAUUCAAGUGGGAUUUUCUGAUACUAGUGGACUGACCUGCAUCCUUCUGCCUCGUUUCAGGGCAUUUCCAGAAAAAAAAUUCCCAAAAUCAGUGAGAGUGCAUUGGAAACAACUAGGAUUAUCUCAUCCCACUGCCUAAAUAUGAGC